CACCUAGAAUCCUUAUUGGUCCGGUAGCUCGUCAGAAAUAGUGCUUUCAAGAUUUUGCUUGUAGCUGUAUUCUACGUACUGCUCGUAUUCUACGUGCCUUCAGAAUCUGGUGAAAAAGUCACCCUCGGUAUUGGUGCGCUUCUAUCAAUGAUCGUCUUCCUCAUGACAAUAAGAGAGACCCUACCUCCAACAGAAAAGACGCCUCUCAUUAGUAUGUACUAUGGCGUUAGCAUCUGUUUAGUAACGUUGGCGUCUGGUUUGUCCGUGGUCACUCUCAAUAUAUACCACAGAGGAGUACGAGGAACGAAGGUUCCAGGGAUCAUCAAAGCUACGAUGCUUGGCAAACUAGCGCGAUGUCUAUUUCUUCAGUUCGAGCCAAGAAAAAAAAAUUCCCAGGUGCUGAAAUGUUUUAGCUCUCUGCUCUUGAGUGGCGGAAGAGAGUAGCAGUGCAGUCUUGAACGGACGGGCGAGCCAAAGGAAGAGCAGCCAAAGAAAGGAAUCAAGAAAGGAAGCCAAGAAAGGAGAGCAAAGGAAGGAUGGGAGUGCUCGUAGUGAAAGAAACAUCCUUAGACGGGCGUGUCUCUUGAAGCAUAAGGAAAGCAGCCUUAGACGGGCGUGCCAGGUUAGUAGGGUAAAAAAUGA